CUGUAGUCCAUCUCCGUCACCAAACUCUACAGUAACACACCCCAGUGACAAAGUCACAACACAGUCCACUGGUAUCCACCGUCACGACAGUCACCGCUCCACCAUAUAAACAACUUCGGUUCACUUUUAAUCCUCCUCAAAUCUAGAACACCCUACGUCCAUCUGGUUUUACCACCUCAACAACAUCCAACCUUCUCCGCUCCGAAAAGAUGCUCAGUCAAUGAUUCCCACAGAAUCGGCAGUGAGCAAUUGCACAGGGUCCAGGCUGAUGGGAGGGUCGUGAUCAUGGCGGAAGUACUCAGUAGUAUCAGCCAAUUAAGCGCCCUCUCCGAAGACGUCCAUCUCUUCUGUCCUCGUUACGGCGACGAUGACAAUUCCGUAUACUAUGAUGAAGACCUGCGGGAGCGUUUGGACACUGAAACGGCGGCUGAAAAGACCAAGCGGAAGGCAAAACUGGCCGAAGUGGAUGAACGCACGCAGCUGAUGUUCCAGUGUCUGCAGAUUUUGGCUUUUGAUGGCCCAGAAGCGGAGGGACCUCGUGAAGUAGUUACUCAACGGAUCAACGCAAGACUACGAUCCUGCGAUGUCUGCAUCCGGCGCUACCACCGACUCAAACCGGAUCUCAAGCAUGCGCUCGAAAGCGCAUACGAGGUCUCAGAAGUUCGAGAUUUCCUGAAGGUAGUCGACCAAUUUGACGUUGAUCGCAUCACCAGCGGACUCGACAACGCGCGUCAAUACCUCGAAAGCUUGGCCCCGGCCCAGCGGAGUCCACAAUCGGUUCCCUUCUCUCUCCUUUGCGCCUUCAUCGACUCAUUGAGUUGCUUGGCGUUUCUAGGUCGAGAGGACCUGCUCGAAAAGCACUUCGAUCCCGCGUUUCAACUGAUUCAGACGAAGAAGCCCUUACGUACCAAUGACUUGCUUCCUGCGAUGUUCUACUUCCUCUUCUCCGACACUCGGAGUCGCUACGAAUGGGCGUCAUUCAACUUAUCAAAGUACAAACGGGAAAUUAAAGCCUACGAUUUCGACGGAACCAUCAAAGACCCAUUGCUCACGGCUAUGAAUCGGGUCCAAAAGUUCAACUUGGACGCCGGCUUUCUACGCAAGUUCUGGGAUGGGGUGAAGCUAAUAGUUGCAAAACUCACCAAGGAUCUUGUCACUCAUUCCCUUAAAGCCAUGGACGUUGACCUGUGCAAACUCGCAUUGGAACACAUGUCGAUAAAUUUUGCCGGAUAUCCCGAUCUUUUAGCCUCCUUCGAGCGCCUUCUCCAGAUCGCACCGAACGAUGUGUGGGACUCGUUCAUGGCCAUGGGAGCAAUCUCUCCAGCAACUGUGUCUGACCAGAUCUUCAAUAACCCAGCCUUUCAGCGAGAGGUGGAAUUAUCUACAUCUAGCACAGCGACAAGCGGUCCUCGGGUGGAAAGACUCUUUGGUUGGAUCAAAGAUUUCGCAGCUUCCGUGCCGCCCAUUAACCGGCUGCUUUCUAAAUAUCAAGAGACCCGGUAUCCACAGCAUGCUCGCACGCAUGCCGUCCUGCUCCAAAAAGUCGAUUCCACCUCUAACUUUGUGGGCUUCACUACUAGCGUUUUGCUUGAACAAGUUCAGCAGAGCCCUUCCCACCAAGACUCCAAUGUGCUCCGAAAGCCGUGCUUUCAAGUAAUACAAAAAUCGAUCGGGCUGGACGGCGUCGCGAUAUGCAUCAGACGACGGCACAUCGCCAAAGGCGAUCUUCCGCAAGAGAAAUCCGAGUUCUGUCGUUCAUUGUGGAAGGGGGUGGUCCGAGGCGUACGCGAUGGCAAUAUAUCACUUGCUACGUACAUACUUCAAGGCGUGAGAGGGCUGACGGGGGUAGAACCGUUCAACUUCGAGGCAGACGACAAAAUGAACGUACGAACAGCAAAAAACGAAUUCAAUGAAACUCUGGAUGAGAUGCUGGUGCAAAUUUGCGAAACGCUCGAGCGGCUCGGCACCUUCGAUAUUCCAUCCCUCGAAGUAGCAUUCAGGGGCAGGAUAACGGCAACGGCAAUUCUUACUGCUCUCAUUUUGCCGCAUGAGAGCACACGCCAGGAAGCGAUGGAACUAGUCAAGCGCUUCACAGAGCAAACAGGCCGCAAAGAAGCAAUUCGAGCUCUGCUGGAGCUUGACUUCUACGCCAUCCUCUCGUCAUUCGCAACCGUAACACGGCAUGUCACGGGAGGACGAUCCCAUACACCUGCAGCGGCACUGCUAAAAAUCAUUGCGGAUGUCACGGAUGUCUUGUGCGAUAGUCAGGACGGCUUGUUGCGUUCUAUGGCCAUCACCAGGGAGAGUGCAAAUGCCGCGGAAGACUUCUGGGAGCUAACGUGGAGCUUCCUUACCAUGGUUUUCCAAUGCACCGAGGGCUGGAGUGACGCUGGGCAUGAAAAGCAUCGCCUAAUUGAAUUCUGUCGGGAUACGAUGGAGUUCGCUGAUCGUCUGUUUUACCAGUUUCCGAUUUUCAAAACGGCCAUUGAAAAGGGCGGAAAUCGGGAAACAGACGACCCUCUGGACACCGGAGGACACCUGCUUCAGCACUCGAACACGACGAUGUCAUCUAUGGUCAAGUGGUUGCGGUUAAGAGAUGAGUUCUUGAAUUCGAAGAUCGUGUCCCUAGUGACGAAGGUCAUCACCAGACUUCAUGCUCAGAAUAUCAAGAUCUCCGAGGACGUUGUUAAGUACAUCCUUGAUAUCGUCACCGGUAAGACGAAGUCCAAACUAUCCACACAUCAUAUGGCCCGGUUGAGGCGAGCUUUGGAAGAGGCACACUACGUCAAAGAACCUUCAAAGAUAAAGGAGGAGCGCAAAGUCUCUACCGUCAAACAAACGUCCAUCUCCUCAUGGCUCGGAGACGAUUCGGCUUCAGGUUCUUCGACGCCCUCGGAAGGUAUCAAGAAACUUGUGACCGACCUGGCUCCGGGAGCCGCUGCGUUUAAGAAGUUGCAAGCCGCCCGAAAAGCGACGGUAGCCGUGCCACCGCGACCGCAGCCUGCGAUGAACGAAGCCGUCCUAUCCGAGUUCAGGAAAAAGCGAGCGGCAGAACUCGAAGCUAAGAAACAGCGGGACCGGGCGGCAGCACUCCGUGCGAGGAGUCAGGUCGGCAAUGCAGGGUCUGGUCUUCGCGACUUGAAUGUCAAGGUGAAGGACCAUUCCACGAAGAAGUCGGAGAUGAUGGUCGCCUCCGACGAAGAGAGCGAACCUGACGAUGACGAUGAGGAGAUGGAUGCGAUGGAUGCUGAGUUAUUCGGAGCCACCGCUACUCGGACAGCGCAUAUAAGCCUCAAAUCCAAAUGCAAGCCGUUGGCUGAGCUACCGAACAUGCCGGUCCGGAAGAAGAGACUGGAAAGAAACGCUCGCGACAUGCGGGCGCGUCUCGCGCCUGAUCUGACCGAGUUGCACCAAACCAUUCUUCGAUGGGACUAUUUCAGCACAGGGGUUUACCCGCCCAACAUGAACCCGGACCAAUACAGUGCUGUCAUUAACACUUUCACGAAUCCUACCAGCUACCGACGAACAUUUGAGCCUCUUCUUGUGUUGGAAGCGUGGCAGGGUUUCAUUAAAAGCCGCGAAGAUGAAACACCGACACCAUUCGGGUUGAAGAUCGCAAAUCGGACAUCAGUGGACUCCUUCAUCGAGGUCGCAGUAGCGUUGAGCGGCAAUGACAAGACCAACCGGGUCUCCGAGGCGGAUAUCCUCCUAUUAUCGAAAGCCUCGAAUCCCGUGGAUGCCGCCGAUGAGCCGCAUUGUCUUGCAAGAGUAUCGAAAGUCCGACGGAAAGGCACCGGCAUGGAGGUUCUUCUCAAAGCAGUGCCCAAUAAUCCCCUGUCCAGCGCGUUGGUACCGAAUGGGACUGUUUUUGCAGUCAAAGUCCAGUCAAUGACCACCUUGGAGCGAGAAUAUGGCGCCUUGGUGGGCCUACCGCAUUACGACCUUUGCGAUGAAAUCGUCCGGGCCAAGCCGUCCCCCCUCCUUUCGUAUACCGAUGCGCAGACGGAUCUGUUCGCCCGACACUACAGUCUGAACCCUGCCCAAUCCAAAGCGGUCAAGUUCGCUAUCGAUAAUGAUGGAUUCACCUUAAUCCAGGGUCCACCUGGAACUGGAAAGACGAAGACUAUCGUGGCAAUUGUUGGCGCUUUGCUGACAAACGUUCUUCGGGACGGGGAACAGGGGACGAAGCUCCUUCGCCCUAUAGCAAACAAAAACCAGGCCGAUCGACCGCCAAGCAGGAAGUUAUUGGUGUGUGCUCCAAGUAAUGCUGCCGUUGACGAAUUGGUUAUGCGGCUCCGCCAAGGCGUAACGACUGCCAACGGGCAGCAACGCAAGAUCUCUGUUGUUCGACUAGGCAGAACUGAAGCCGUCAAUCCUCAGGUCUUGGAUGUCACGCUUGAGGAACUGGUAAACCGCAAAAUCCAAGCAACCAACAAAGAUACGCCGGAGUCAAGGAAGAGUGUGGGGGAGUUGGCGGCCCAGCACAAGAAAUUCUCCGAUGAGUUUCAACAUACUCGGCUUCUGAUGGACAGUGCGGAGCCGGGAAGCGACAAGAUGGCGGAGCUAAAGACUCAGCUCGACCAACUCGGAGACCAAAAGAGGAAACUGUCCCGUAUGAUCGAUGAUGCACGCGAUACGGAAACCAGAUCAGCCAGAGACAGAGACCUCACUCGACGAAGGAUUCAACAGCAGGUCCUUGAGGAGUCGCAUGUGUUGUGUGCGACGCUGAGUUCCAGCGGACAUGAUAUGUUCCAAAAUCUCGAGAUCGAGUUCGAGACCGUCAUUAUCGACGAAGCGGCUCAGUGCGUCGAGAUGAGUGCCUUGAUCCCCCUCAAGUACGGGUGCAACAAGUGCGUCCUUGUUGGUGAUCCCAAGCAAUUGCCGCCUACCGUUCUGUCCCGUGCCGCUGCGGAAUUCCAGUACGAGCAAAGUCUGUUCGUGCGGAUGCAGAAAAACCACGCGAAGGAUGUGCAUCUGCUUGACACGCAGUAUCGUAUGCAUCCGUCGAUCAGCAAGUUUCCGAGCAAAACAUUCUAUGACGGCCGUCUCUUGGACGGUCCCGGUAUGGAUAGCUUGCGCGUCCGGGACUGGCAUUCGCACCCAGUGCUUUCACCAUAUCGGUUCUUCGAUGUACGCGGGAAGCACUCGGCCGGGAAAUCUCAUUCGUUGAAGAAUCUGGCGGAAAUCGAUGCGGCCCUCGAUAUCUUCGAGUCCCUGCGCACCAUGUGUCCAGGAUUCGAUUUCCAGGGCAAGAUCGGCAUCAUUACCCCUUACAAGGCGCAGCUUUCAGAGCUCAAAGCCAGGUUUUCUUCUCGAUACGGCUCACAGAUCCUCGACUUCAUGGAAUUCAACACGACCGAUGCGUUCCAGGGUCGAGAAAGCGAUAUUAUCAUCUUCUCCUGCGUGCGAUCUGCGGCAUCAGGCAGCAUCGGUUUCUUACAAGAUAUCCGGCGUAUGAACGUCGGGCUGACGCGUGCGAAAUCGUCGCUAUGGGUUCUUGGAAACUCCGAAACGCUGGUGAGAGGCGAGUUCUGGCGGCUGUUGAUCCAAGACGCCCGCUCGAGACAAGCUUACUCAGAAGCGGGAGCCAUUCAACAGCUGAGGAAGGAUAUGAUUAGCAGGGGCGGCGGAACGUCGCAUCUUCUCUCCGCGGCCACCUAUGGAAAUUCCACGCCGAUGGAUAUCGACUCGGGAAAUUCAAGUAGCUCGAGCGCGAGACAGUCUACGUCAUCUCUAUCCAAGCAUGAAGCAAACAGCAGUGUGAAAUCAAAUGGCAAUGGGGUUUCGCACCCCGGGAAGCGGAAGCGGUCAGUUACCCCAGAUGGGGAGCAGGAGCAGAAGAUGCAAGCACAGGGACAUGGAGCCCGAGCCGUGCCUUUGCCGAAACGCGAAUCUCCUGUUGUUUCGGGCCCACCAAAACACGACGCUCCUCCUUCUAGGCCUAAGGAUCAAAUUGCGUCCACCACAACCACCACUAUCAAACGUGAACCAGGCCAAUCGUCUGCUCACGUUCCCCUAGUCCAGCCCAAGAAGGAAGCAUCGGGAUACCCGCCAGCUUCAGGAUCGGCUUCAGGAUCGGCUUCAGGAUCGGCGUCCACCUUUGGCGCCUCCUCAGCAACUCCCCGUUCACGACCGCAUAUGGUCCCGCCAAAAAGGAAGAAGGCGGAUCCUUUUCUGAAGCCGAAUCGCCCGAAGAAGAGCUAA